GGUUGCCAGCCUUGUGUACGAAUGCGUGUGCUUCGAGUAUAAGAGAUGGCCUUAGGACCUCGCAAGGCAAGCUAGAACGACUGCAAAAUCCACGUGAGGUGCCAAUUCUACUCUACCAGCUACAGCCCAACGAUCGUAAACGCAUCGCAAAACGACGAUCAAACCUUCGAGGCAUCGGAGAACAUGACGAACCUGUUCCACAUCAUGGCUGUUCUGAUGUUAUCUCUGGAAGCCGCAGCCCAAGGCACUCAAUUCAUCACAGGUCCAUGCACCUCAGACGCAGACUGCGCAUCCGCCUGUUGUGGAUUCAACAGUAGUAAAUGCGCUGGCCCUGUAGUCGCGCAAGAGAGAGAUGGUGGGUGUGGAUUCGGCAACGCCCAGCCAAACAACAAUGCGGCUCUUGCACUGACUGGUGGCACACCUACGGGCGCUCAGGCAGAAGAUGCGCCUAUGCAGACGCCGCCAGCUGCUGGACAGGCUCCAAGUUCCGGAAAUGAAGCGGCGCUGCCAAAGGGAAAGCAGUUCAUCACUGGAGCUUGCAUCAGUGAUGCUGAUUGUGCGAGUGCAUGCUGUGGGCUCAAGAGCGGGAAGUGUGCGUCUCCAGCAGUGGCGCAGGAGAGGGAUGGCGGGUGCGGUUUCGCGAUGGAGGCUUCGCAGAGACGGAUUGUUGUUUGGUAGAUAUUAGCACAAGGUUGCAGGAGGAGGCCGUGUCCGUAAAGCGUCAAGACACCAAUCUCGACGAGAUGAACAGUAUUAUAUCAACUCUAGCUUCUUGUUGGCCAACAGU